UCCCGACUAGACAGCACUGAACAGCGAUUACAAACGUUACAACAAGACUAUAUGAAAGUUGAGGAAGACAGGACGUUACUGCUCGACACAGUUCGCAGAUUCCAAAUUGCAGCUAACAGAGCGAUCACCUUUAACACCUUCCAGGAGGAUAUUCGCGUCACAGAAGAAGGAAUUCCAGAAUCUGUACCAUUCCCACCAUCAGCAGAAUUUCCGGAAACUGUUAUCAGGCCAUCAAGUACUGUUAUUAACAUUGGAGAAACACUCGACAUCAAACAACUUGAGACAACAUUACAGACACUUAUUAACAGAAUUGAAAGGCUUGAAAAAGAACGUAACGACUACCAACAAGCUUUCAACCGUCUCAAGAGAAAGUCGACCAGCACAACAAUCAUUACUAAACAAGACAAUCGUUUCAAGUCACUUGAAGACAGUAUCGGUGAAACUGAAGAAAGGAGAGCUUUGGAGGCUCGUCUUGAAUCUACAAAACAACUGCUCCGAUCACAAGAAGAGGUGUUGAAGCAGCGAGAUGAAGAAAGGCAACAAAUGAAGUCCAAAAUUGUGGCUGCUGAGCUAGAAGCACGCAGCAAAGAAGCUCAGCUCAGACAUUUGAAUGAACAAGUCAAAAACCUACGCGCAGAAUUGGACAGCGUAUAUGGUGAUGCUCGUAAAUUACGUGAACAACAAGAAACUUGGGAAGCUACCAAAUUCAAACUAGAAACUCAAGCAAGAAACCAAGAAAAUGAGAUUCAACGACUGAACCUGCUUGUAGGCAACUUCGAAAGUGAAAAGGAGCAUCUAAAUGAACGUAUCAAAGAACUAGCUAGCCAACUACGUUUGAAUGAAAUUAAGUAUAGUGAUGCUAAAGAAGACAUUGAAAGACUUCGUAAAGAACUUGCUCGCGCAGAAAGUGUUGAAAACGAACUUCGGCGAACAGUCGAACAGAAUGCUAAAAUUGCUGUUGAAUACAACAUACUUCGUGAUCAGAUGGCGGCCACCCAGAACGAAUUGCAAAACGCUAACAUGAGGAAGCAGCAACUUGAAAAUGAACUUAUUAGCAUGCGCAGUGAAGUCAGAGAAUAUAAACAGCGUAUACAAGACCUGAACUUGAGAGUCACUGAACUGCAACGACAGCUUCAAGACGCACAUAAUGAAAAGAAUCGUUUAGAAGACCGCAUUCGUAACUUAGAAGAUAAUCUUUCAAAACACAAGAGCAACGAAAGAGAUCUCCGACAACAACUUGACGUCGCCAACAAUGAAAGGAAAAUGCUCCAGAAGGAACUUGAAGAACUGCGUGCAAGAAUUGCCAAACUAGAUGAAGACAAACGAAGGGUUUCACAGUUAUUUGAGGUGACCAAACGAGAAAGAACAACGUUUAUCAAGAAAGUGGAAAUGCUUGAAAGCGAAAAGCGACGAACUGAUGAAGCAAUUCGCGAAACUGCAUUACAGCGAGAAGCAAUUGAAAAAUCACUCAACGCAAUGGAGCGUGAAAAUAAGGAAUUGUACCGAAACUGCGCCAAACUACAGCAACAAAUUGCGCAAUUAGAAAUGGAGAAUGGAAGCAGGAUAAUGGACCUGACCAGCAGACAACGCGAGGAACAAGAAAAGCAGAUUCAGAGAAUGCAGGCAGAGAAGAUCCAGAUUGAAAGAAUGAUUGAGGCUCGUGAAAGAAAUCAACAGAAUAGAAUCAAACAAUUAGAAAAACAGAUAGCAAUCAUGCGUGAGCAGCUCGACAAUGAAAGGCGACGUCGACGCGAUUACGCCGACCGAACCUUAGCAUGUGAGCUUGGCAGACUUGGUAACUUCUCAGGCCUUCGUAGUGUUAAUAUUCACAGCGCUGGACUCCCACCAGUUGACACCUCUGAUCUGUUUAGCGGAAGCCGGUACGUUAGAACAACAUUUGCUUCCAAUCCACUAACGCCUCCAGUAGGAAGUUCAACACCAACCCACACUAGUUACAUCAACCGGCUAGAAACCUCUUACAGCCUUAGAGACACAGAACCGUUACGGGAGCCAUUUGUCACACCCGCAUAUUCUUUCCAAGAGCAUCCCACCGUGCCAAGAACAACAAUUGAACAGGAAAGAUACGAAACUUUAGAACCAUCGAAAGAGGUUGAAGGUAAGUAA